CUUUGAGAUGAGGAAGAAAGAAAAUAAAAAUAAAAAUAAAGAUAGAAGAGAAGAAAGAGAGUAAUACCAGCGUAGCGAUCGAAAGCUACACAGACUGACUCACAGAGAGAGAAGCUCGAAACAUAAAUCGGCGACGUCAAAUAGUAAAUAAAUAAAUAAAAGAAAAUUAAAAGCCCAAGAGCCAAAGCCCGAAGCAGCUGCGAAGGCCAAGAUUCGGAGCUUCCAAGCUACUGAGUUGUUGCUCUUCGAUUCCUCUUCUGCAAUUCCUCCGAGUUAGCUUCAUUACAAGUUCGGGGAGAAGCAACCACGACGAGCUUGGUAUUUGAAGUUAGGGUUUUUUAUUUAUUGCGUAUUUGAAUGAAUAUUGAGUUGAUUUGAAGGGUUUUGAAUUAGCUCCCCCAGUCAGCUUGAUCUCUAGGGUUUUGGAUUUCGGGGAGAUGGGAUUGGGGUUUGCAUUGUAUGGUUUUUGGGUUGGAGAAUUUCGGGUUGUUUGGAAAGAAAAAUACGUAUAUAUUUAUUGAAAAUUGGGGUUUCUGCGGUUUAUUGGCAGUCAUCGUAGUUCCACAUGCAUUUCCCAAAAUAUGCAGAGCUCGAUGUUUGAUUGGCAUUGAAAGAUAGGCAGAGGGGUGAAUUUGGAAUGUUUUUGAGGAGUGGAUAACAACAAUCUGCAGUUCAUUCAUUCGUGGUUACUGUUGUUGUUGAAUGUGGAUGGUGUAUAAAUCUAUUGCCUUUUGAGAUAUGCAACCUCACCAGAGCUCAAGAGUUGAUUUGGGUGAGUUGAAAGCUCAGAUAGUGAAGAAGAUUGGGGUUGACAGGUCAAAGAGGUAUUUCUAUAACUUGAAUAGGUUUUUAAGUCAGAAGCUUAGUAAGAGUGAAUUUGACAAAUCAUGUUAUCGCGUACUCGGAAGGGAGAAUCUUCCAUUGCACAAUCAACUUAUACGUACAAUUUUGAAGAAUGCAUCUCAUGCCAAGACUCCACCUCCAUUUCAUGAAGUGGGUCCUGCAAAAACUUUGAUCCAAACUGCAAAAGCAUCUCCUAGUAAAGAAGAUGGGCAUGAACAAAGUGGGUCCCUCAUUCCGGCUCAGAAUCAAAAUGUAUACAUUUGGUCGAAUGGGGUUUUGCCUGUGUCCCCUCGAAAGGUUAGGUCUGGGAUACGUGAUCGCAAGCUUAGAGAUAGGCGUAGCCCACUUGGGCCAAAUGGGAAGGUCGAAUGCGCGUCGCAUCAGUCUGCUGAUACAGAAGAUAGUGGUAGUAAGGGUAUCCUGGAAAACGGGGAGUUGACUCCUUGUGAUUAUCAAAGACCUUUGCAGCUACUGCAGCCGGUUGCAGAACAACCAGAGAAUGAAAAGGAGCAUCUGGUCACACGAAGAACAUCUGAAAAAACAAGGAUUGGUAGCAUAGACCACUCGAAAGUUGCUGUUGCCGAAGAUGGGGAAGAGGUGGAGCAGGGAAGACACUCUAAUUUCUCAAAAAGACCUCUACUGGCGCCACUUGGAAUUCCUUUUUACUCUGCUAGCGUUGGUGGUGCCCGUAACUCUAUUCCAGUGGCAAGCAGCAGUGAAAUUUUCAGCUGUUAUGACAGUGGUGGGUUAUCAGACACAGAGACAUUGAGAAAAAGGAUGGAGCAGAUUACAACUGCUCAGGGCAUUGGAGGUGUUUCACUGGAAUGUGCUAAUGUGCUGAAUAAUAUGUUGGAUGUGUAUUUAAAGAGGUUGAUCCGAUCAUGUGUUCAGCUGGGUGGAGCAAGAUCUGCACAGUUUGCAAAACGGGGCUCUACUCAUAAGCAGCUGGUUCCGGGAAAGGUUAUUAAUGGCAUUUGGCCUAGCAAUCACUUACAUAUGCAGAGUAGCGGUGAACCUAUGGAUUUUAUGCAGGAACAGAAAUCUAGGUGUUCAAUAUCUUUACAUGAUUUCAAAGUUGCCAUGGAGCUAAAUCCACAGCAACUCGGUGAAGAUUGGCCAUUGCUGCUGGAGAAAAUUUGCAUGCAAUCAUUUGAGGAAUGAAAUGUCCACGUGAAGAUUUGUUUUUCCUGAAGCUGUGGUUGGGUUAGUCUGUUCUGGUUCAAAGGCUUUGACAACUGUGUUUGGAGAAUGUUGAUGCACCCAGUUAUUGCCAUGAUGAGCCAGAUGACUCCAAUUUACAUAGGCCUCUGGUCCUUGUAAGAUGGAUUAGUGGUUGGGGCAUGCAAAUAACUUUAUUCUGCGGGGGGAGUGCCAGCACCGGCACGAUCAGGUGAUUGCAGCAACCAAAUGAGGGUAAGUUUAAGAAAGAAUGCCCUGAAUGGUUGCACUGUUGUAAAAUUAGCAUUAACGUUGGCCGUCUCCUUUGAUUGUUACAGCUUGAAAGCUUUCUGUAAAAUUUAAGGCCAGCGAGGGGGAAUUCUAAAAAAUUUUGAAGGGGAUACUGUUGUGUAGCUUGGUGAAAGGUAAAAUACUUGUGUAAGGGCUUCAGUGUUGCUCUUUUAUGUAUUUUUAGAAUUUGAGAAUUGAUUGGUUCCAUUAUUAAUAACAAAUUGACAUCCAUUUCCUCAUCA